GUCUACUGCGCGUGCUGGAGCUGCUGCUCUGCCUCUGUGUUGGUGGAUUUUCUGGAUGUCAGUACACAAGAGGACUGCCGUUAACACACACACACACACACGAGCUGUUAUUGAACCUGAGCUGCUGACCUGUGAAGUGUAACCGUGGGAGCAUGUCCACCAUGGUGUUCUGCUGUGAGGAGAAGCUUGAGAGACUAACACAGGAGCAGAUCAUCUCCAAAACCAAGAUGGUGAUCCAAGGCCUAGAGGCACUGAAGAGCGACCACAAUGUCAUGCUGCACAGUCUGAUGGAGACCAUCAAGUGCUUGAACAAGGAUGAGGAGGCUGGCCUGGUGCAUGAGAAAUCCUCACUUCUGCACAAGUCUGUGGAGAUGAUUGAGCUCGGCCUGGAGGAGGCAGAGGUAAUGACGGCUCUGGCUGCCCACCUGAGUGCAGUGGAAUCAGAGAAACAGAAGCUACGAGCUCAGGUGCGUCGGCUUGGCCAGGAGAACAAGUGGCUGUGCGAUGAACUGAACAAUGUGCAGCAGAAACUGCAGAAGUGUGAGCAGAGCUUAGCCCAAGUAGAGGAGGAGAAGAAGCACCUGGAGUUCAUGAACCAGCUCAAGAAGUAUGGCCAGGAAACCUUGCCAGAGCAGGACGGGGAAAAAGAGGAGACAUCAAAAGACGUUCUGGAUGAGUUGUUCCCCAACGAUGAAGAGGCAAAUCAAUCAGGAAUGUGGCAAGCGAACAGAGUGGCAAUGGCGGCGGCCCAGCAGGGGGGCUAUGAGGUCCCUGAACGCCUCAGAAUUCUCCAUAACCUUGUGAUACAGUACGCCAACCAAGGCCGCUUUGAAGUGGCCGUGCCACUGUGUAAACAGGCUCUGGAGGACCUGGAGAGGACUCUGGGUCACGAUCACCCCGAUGUAGCUACCAUGCUAAACAUCCUCGCUCUUGUAUACAGGGGCCAGAAUAAUUUCAAAGAAGCAGCCCAUCUCCUGUAUGAUGCUGUAAGUAUCAGAGAGAAGACUCUGGGUGAAGAGCAUCCAUCGGUGGCUGCUACGCUGAAUAAUCUUGCAGUGCUGCAUGGGAAGAUGGGGAAGUACGUGGAGGCUGAGCCGCUGUGUAAAAGAGCUCUGGAACUGAGAGAGAAGGUCCUGGGCAGAGAUCACCCAGAUGUGGCCAAACAGUUGAAUAACAUGGCACUGGUUUGUCAGAACCAGUGCAAGUAUGAAGAAGUGGAGUAUUACUACUGCAGAGCCCUCGACAUAUACGAGAAGAACCUGGGCCAGGAUGACCCCAAUGUUGCCAAAACAAAGAACAAUCUGGCCUCAUGCUAUCUGAAGCAGGGUAAAUACAAGGAGGCUGAGAUCUUGUACAAAGAGAUACUUACACAAGCUCAUAAGAAGGAGUUUGGGACAGUAGAUGCUGAAAAUAAACCUGUCUGGAUGUACGCUGAGGAGGGCCGAGCCACGGCGGGUAAUGACACUCAUUAUGCUGAGCACAGAGGCUGCCAAGUGACCAGCCCUGUAAUAAACAGCGCCAUGCGGAGUCUCGGAGCUCUGUAUCGAUAUCAAGGCAAAACUGAAGCAGCAGACAUUAUGGAGGAGUACACCAUGGCAACAUGCAAAAAGGGAGCCACAGUGGAGCCUCUGAAGGAUGCGAGCCGGAGGAGAAGCUCGUCUCAUUACACUGUUAAGUAUGAGCCUGGAGAUGAUGGCAAUGUGGAGUGGAGAGGGAACGGCAUUUUAAAAAGGGCUGGUUCUCUGGGUAAAAUGCGAGAGGUGCUGCGCAGAAGCAGUGAGAUGCUGGUGAAGAGACUGCAGGACACGAUACUGCAAGAUUCCCCUAACCCUAACUUGAAGAGAGCGGCCUCACUGAAUUUCCUGAACAGGACCGGAGAUGAUGAGGCUUUUCAGGGUGGAAGAGCAAGCAGGAGGCUGAGAGACAGUCGAACCCUGAGCUCCAGCACUGUGGAGCUGUACGAUAGCACUGGAAAAUAGCACACACACACACACACACACACACUUACUUGCAUACAAAUUCUUUUCUUUUAUCUUGAUGCAAACAUUAAUAUUUCUUGCCUAUGUCCCAUAUACUGUACAGGCGAGUGAUGUUUUCAUACUUGUUGGUUGUUUUUGUGUGCUAUAAAUUUGCAAUCAUGUUUGAAAUUUAAAACCAGUGAUCACUGUUAUCAAUAAUUAAUGGAUGUGCCUAUACAGUAGUUUUAUACGGAAUGUACAAUGUGAUUUAUUUGAUGAAAAUGGUUGUUAUUUUUGAUUCUCCAUUCACCAUUUGAAUGUUCACAUCUCUCAGGGAAAAAUAUAAGGCAUAUAAGCACAGGUCAUGUGCACGGUACCUAAAACUGAUUUUUGUUUGUUUGUUUGUUUGCUUGUUUUAGUUCACAGUCAUAUGGACUUACUACACAGUAUAUUGUUGUUCAUGAUUUUGAAAGCAAUCAUUUACUAUAGCAUUGGGCUACACUCAUAAUAGUAGCCUAGCAUUAGCAUAGUAUUCUGUUGAAUAACAUUCAACAGAAAUAGAAGCAAGGAAAGUUAUAACUAAAAAUAAGUAUGACAUUACAAAUGUUAGAUGGUUGUUGUUGUCCUUCAUGAUGCUGCAUGAGCUACUCAGCGUUACAGAUUUCAAAAACCUGUUCGUUAUCUGUAUAGUUUAGUUUAUUCAGUGCCACUGAGAGAUGUUUAUUUGACUGAAUGGUUGUUCUAGCAAUGAGUGCUGUGGAAAUUUCUGUUGAUUUGCUUUCAAAUAAGGCACAACUUUUCUGCUUUAUUUUGUUUUUAUCUGUAUUAAUUAUUUUUGGACACCUCAUAGCUGUGAAUGUCAUUGUUUUGUGUUAAAAUGGGAACAGAAAUCCUGUGGAGUUCAUUUUCUGCCGAA